UUGAGUAACGGAGAGCCCGCGGUCAGGAUGAUCUGAGAGCUGCGGAGAAUCAGCGGUGCUCUGCGACAGUCAUGGCCGCUCAGCGUGAAGCCUUCAGCGGAUACUCACAGCAGUCUGACCCGGGCUCGAACAGCGAGCGCAGCGCCGACUCUCCUCUGCCCGGGUCUGAGGAUGACUCCACCGGACCCGCCGCGCCGCCGGAUCCCGAGUGGACCGAGGAGAGGUUUCGAGUGGACCGCAAAAAGCUGGAGAUCAUGCUAUUAGCUGCCACUGAGGGCCGGGUCAACGGAGGUGAGGACUUCUUUCAGAAGGUCAUGGAGGAGACGAAUACUCAGAUCGCAUGGCCUUCCAAACUGAAGAUCGGUGCCAAAUCCAAGAAAGAUCCACACAUUAAAGUUAGCGGAAAGAGGGACAAUGUAAAGGAAGCCAAAGAGAAGAUCAUGUCUGUCCUGGAUACAAAGAGUAAUCGUGUGACUCUAAAGAUGGACGUCUCGCACACCGAGCAUUCACACGUCAUCGGGAAGGGAGGAAACAACAUCAAGAAAGUGAUGGAGGACACGGGCUGUCACAUCCACUUCCCUGAUUCCAACCGCAACAAUCAGGCCGAGAAGAGCAACCAGGUGUCUAUAGCUGGACAGCCGGGAGGAGUCGAGGCGGCCAGAGCCAGAAUUCGGGAGUUACUUCCUCUGGUGUUGAUGUUUGAACUGCCGGUGUUGGUGCAGAUGAAUCCUGACCCGAGCUCUCCUGCCAUCCAGCACAUCUCACAGACGUACAACAUCUCUGUGACCUUCAAACAGAGAUCCAGACUCUACGGAGCGACGGGAGUCGUGCGGGGCUCGCAGAACAAUGUAGCAGCUGUGAAGAGGGGUACGGCGGUGUUGCUGGAGCAUCUCGCGGGGAACCUGGCCAGCGCCAUCACGGUCAGCACACAGCUGGACAUCGCCCCGCAGCAUCACCUCUUCAUGAUGGGACGCAACGGCAGCAACAUCAAACACAUCAUGCAGCGCACGGGGGCUCAAGUUCACUUCCCCGAUCCCAACUGCCCUCAGAAGAAAUCCACCGUGUAUGUGCAGGGAAACAUCGACUCGGUGUGUCUCGCCCGACAGUACCUGAUGGGCUGUCUGCCUCUGGUGCUGAUGUUUGAUAUCAAAGAGGACAUCGAGGUGGAACCACAAUGCAUAACAUCACUGAUGGAGCAACUGGAUGUGUUCAUGAGCGUCAAACCAAAACCCAAGCAGCCCAGCAAGUCUGUGAUAGUGAAGAGUGUGGAGAGGAACGCUCUGAACAUGUAUGAGGCCAGACGCUGUCUGUUGGGUUUAGAGAGCAGUGGUGUGUCCGUUGCAGGCGGUUGCAGUGAUCCUCAUCUAUCAUCUCCGGCUCUCACCUGUCCUGUGGGACUCGACAUACUCGCCUCCACCGGCCUCGGCCUCACCAGCCUGGGCCUUCUGGGACCUGCGACCGCCUCUAUGACCAGACCCUCCACCAACUCUCUUCUGAAUGCUCUCAACAGCUCCAUCAGCCCGUUACAGACGCCCACCUCUGGGUCACCCAGUCCAACUCUCUGGUCCAGUCUCACCAGCACCGCAGGUUUCUCGUCACCCUUGAUGAUCCACCCGGCCACACAGGCCACACUGACCAGCAUGCUGUUGUCCGGAGUGACGGGCUACACCCAGAACACCCCCUCGCCUCCGCCCGGUCUCGCUCCUAUAGACGCUCAAGUGUCUGGAGUAUCAGACUGCAGUAAAUCCAUGUCCUCCCUCAGCAGCAAACAGUCCAGCUCAAUGUACAGAAUAUCUGCGGCGUCUUUGGCCGAGAAGGUUCUGAACGGCGCUCAUGAAUCUGUGCAGGACGCCAGCGGUCACCUUGCUUCUGAACCGCUGUCCAGCAAAUCCAGCCAAGAUCAAGGUUCAGAUACAUUUGUGGAGGUGGGCAUGCCCCGCAGCCCCUCUCACUCUGGGAACAGUAAUGAACUGAAGCAGAUGUUGGCGUCAUGUAAGACGACCUCAGGAAAGAGACAAGCCCUGGAACUGUUACAAGCCACCAAGAGCUCACUGCUACACUCAGACUCUCUGUUGUCAGACUCUGACUCCAGCGCUUCUGAGAGUCCUGAUAAACGUGCUCCAGGCAGUGAAAGAGCAGCGGAACGGGCCGCCCGUCUGCCGCCUCAGUCCUCCUUCUCUGACAUGCAGGUGAUGAACGACUCGCAGCCUGCUUUUGACUACGAGCAAAAGAAGUUAUUGGCGACCAAAGCCAUGUUGAAGAAGCCGGUGGUAACAGAGGUCCGCACUCCCACUAACACAUGGAGCGGUCUUGGCUUCUCAAAGUCCAUGCCUGCAGAAACCAUUAAAGAGCUGCGCAGAGCAAACCACGUGUCCUAUAAACCCAGCAUGUCCACUACAUAUGAGGGGUCGCCGCUGGCUCUGUCCCGCUCCAGCAGUAGAGAGGGGAUGGCGAGUGGCAGUGACUCUGAUAACUGGAGAGAGAGAAAUGGGAGCGGGCUCCCAGCACACCCUGACUUCACAUCUCCCAUCAGCCCCAAAAGAAAGCAGAACAAAACCGAGCACUAUCUGAGCAGCAGUAACUACAUGGACUGCAUCUCUUCAGUGAUGGGGACAAAUGGCUGUAAUCUCAACAUAUCGCUCAGAGGAUCGGAUCUGCCCGAGCUCUUCAGCAAACUCGGCCUCGGAAAAUACACGGAUGUGUUCCAGCAGCAGGAGAUUGAUCUCCAAACGUUUCUCACGCUGACCGAUCAGGACCUGAAGGAAUUGGGCAUCACCACGUUUGGAGCCCGCAGGAAAAUGCUGCUCGCCAUCUCAGAGCUGAACAAGAACAGAAGAAAGCUUUUCGAAUCGCCCAACAUCCGCUCCUCAUUCCUGGAAGGGGGCGCCAGCGGUCGACUGCCACGCCAGUUCCACACAGAUAUGGCCAGCGUGAGCGGCCGCUGGUGAACCCGUCCAAACAAGCCAAACUGCACGAAACCCCAUUCCCAACUACAAGCUGAUGUACAGCGAUGGACCAAACCCGGACCUUCUGAAACUGUGCCAAAAAUAUACAUGUCCAAGUGUUUUAUUCAGUGUGCUACUGGUGUUAUAAUGAAGGAAAUGAAGUGAAGGUUCAGGACUUUAUUUAUAAGCAUGUCUUGGCCUUUGUCAUACUAUUCUUUGCACUUUAAGAAUACUAAGUACUUUGUCUACGGACAGAUGCUUGUCUGAUCCGCCCGACUCCAUACGCUUGGAUCUCACUUACAGCACUUAAAUGGACAUCAAGCCAAACUCAAGUGUUCUGCACGAAAUGAAUCUCAAACCGCUGCGACACUGCAGUGAAAUCUGUUGAAUUGAGUCAUGUUUCAGUGAAUGUGAUGUUUUCAUUUCUCCAAUUUCAGGAGAAACACCUGAAGUCGAUACUGAAAUGAAACACAGCUGAGAACUCCAUCAAAUCACCUGAGCUAUGAAAGAGUAACACCUAAGCAAUAACAUCCUCCUCUGGGCUCUCUGACAAGAGACACACUCUUCAAAAUAAAGGUCCUGAUGAGGGUUCUCCACAGAGGAACCGUAUUUGAUUCCCCAAAGAACUGUGCAGUCAAAGGUUCCUAAAAGAAAAAACAGCACCUUCAUGGUUUCUCAAUACUAAUAAACCCAACAGUAGAUCCGUUAAAUAGAACAUUGUGUUGUCAGCGUUCCUCCAGCAUGCUUCAUCUAAAUUCAUUCAUAAGAGUUUUUAAGCUCAUGUUGAAUCUGUCAGUAGCAGAUCUCUCUCUCUCUCUCUCUCUCUCUCUCUCUCCCCCCCUCUCUCUCUCUCUCUCUCUCUCUCUCUCUCUCUCUCUCUCUCUAACUCUCUGUCUCUCUCACUGACAGAAGUGCAAAUUACGGCAGCUCAGUUUCAACCACAUUCCUCAAUGCCACCGACCACAAGUCCUAAAAACACAACCUCAUCUUUGAGAAACCUUGGAAUUCAUCUUGACUCGAUCUCUUCUCCAAACUACCUCCCUGAUUCCGCCCGUCACGUCCAGAGCGCCACCAAAGUCUGCUCGUGUUUGGUUUAUAGAAGCGGUUUGAUCGUGCUGUAUCUCACGGCGCUCUCUCUGUGUUCUUCAGAGAACAUCUCCAAAGCGAGUGUUGUCCCAUCUAAAGCUGUGAACGUUGCUCUCUGAAGGAUUCAAACCACCCGAGUGCCUUUUCUUUUGCACUGACAGUUUUUCCAAAGUCAUGUUGUUUUAACAUGUCCCAGUGUGUUGCUUUAUCUUUACACGUACGAUAUGUAUUUACACCUCUCAUUUAACGUCAAACUCAUGUACCUGAUAUGUGAUAGAGGUACUGUUUAAAUGUGUAUUGUUGUUAUAGCAUUUAGUCUUAUUUCUGCUUGAUAUUUUACAGGCGGUAGCAAGCAAUCAAUCCGUUAGUUUUGUUUUGUUUUUAUGCUUUGAAAUUGAAUUUUGACUGACAAAUGAGUGAAACAACAUGUGUUUCCUAGAAGAAGAAGAAGAAUAGUCAUUUUGAAAUGCGACAGACUAUGCAAAGAGUCACUUUGCCAUUUUAAAUGUAUUGUUUUAAGCACAUAUGUUUCUGUGGUUUAAUCUUUGAUUUAUUUGAAGCGAAUCAGUUUUAGAUGCCGCUUUCAGUAUAUCUCAGUAUAUCUAUAUUUUAGAGCUUUCUACACAUCAAAUGUUAUUUUAGCGAGAGACCGACCGUAAUUCAUUGAUGGAGUUGUUUUUUCAUGUCAUUUCUGACAUGGCCUCGUGACCGGGGUCAGCACAUUUUUCAGUAUCUUGGUCAAGUGUCACGUGUAAGCUCUGGGUUCGGAGGGUACAUACGUACACAACAUGCACAAAUGCACAGAUCGGUGAUUGUGAAGAGAGGGAUACACAAGCACAUUCAUCCAUAUUGUUCUGACAGACGUCUUUACGGCCAGUGCCUUGGGAGUGACUUUAAAUAUCUGUCUGUGAACUCUGCAGAUUUAGUAAAAUCCUCCAUUGUAAUGUUUUGUUGAUGUUGGGUCAUACCUUUGUAUACAGUGAUGUGUUUCCGCUGAAUGUUGUUUAUAAAUCAGAAGCGUCGUUACAGAUGAAUAAAGUGUAUGU